AUGGCUCUUGUGGAGGAUGUGUUCCUGCCCACCAAUCUCACCUCCAGCAACCAGAGCAGCUGCAAUGUGCACAACCACCACUUCUCAACCAAAGUCACCUUCUCCCUUUUCUACAUCAUCCUGCUGGUGUUCGGUGCCUGUGGGAAUGUCCUGGCCCUCUGCAUCACCUUCCAGCGCAGGAAGAAGAAACUCAACUCCACCGACCUCUACCUGGUGAACCUGGCGCUCUCCGAUGCCCUCUUCACCCUGGCACUGCCAGGCAGGAUUGCCUACUACAUCCUGGAGUCUGACUGGCCCUUUGGGGACUGGUUCUGCCGGAUCACAGCUUUCAUUUUCUACAUGAACACCUAUGUGAGCAUCUACUUCAUGACCUGCGUGAGCGUGGACCGCUACGUUGCCGUGGUGCGCACAAGGCACCCCGGCAGGAUUCGGAAGAUGAGCCGUGCCAGGGGUAUCUGUGUCCUCAUCUGGUCCUUGGUGUUCCUGCAGACGGCUCCGCUGCUCCUGCGGCCCAUGACGCGAAGGAUGGGAGACAAGCUGACCUGCAUGGAGUACUUCAACUUUGAGGAGAUUCCCAAUCUGCCCUACCUGCUCCUGGUGGCCUGCAUGCUUGGCUUCUUCCUGCCUGUGGGCAUCAUCUUGGUGUGCUAUGUGAGGAUCAACCUCAAGCUCUGCCAGACCGCCAAGGAGAAUCCGCUGACGGUGAAGAACGGGCACCACCACCGGGCCUUCACUGUCAUCCUGGUGGUUCUGCUGGCUGUCCUGCUCUGCUUCAGUCCCUACCACCUCAACAUUGUCCAGUUCAUGGUCAGGAAGAUCCUCUACCAGCCAUCCUGCCGUGAGCAGCAAGCCUUCAAGAUGUCCCUGCAAGUCACUGUGGCGUUCAUGAACCUCAACUGCUGCAUCGACCCCAUCAUCUACUUCUUCGCCUUCCGGGGCUACAAGCGGAGGCUGCUCCGCAUCUUCAGGAACAGCGGCUCCCUGGCCACCUCCUCCACUGCCAAGACCGCCUCGGAGAGCAACAGCAACAGCCAGCCGCCCGGCUCCAGCUCCGUCUAG